AAGCUGGAGAUAGAUGAGAAGGAGGACAGUGCUGCGACGAAACUCAGCUUAGAGACUCCAUCCUCCAUCGAAUUCAAAAAGACCAGCGACUUACUAUACGACAGUGAAAAUCCUGAGGAUUUUGGGUCAAUGGGGAUCAUGGAACUUGGGCCGAAGCAAGUUUUACGAUGUCGAUACUUCUACCUCCUUUGGCUCCUGAUGUUUUGCAAUAUUAUUCCGAUCACUCUGCUUACUUCUACCUUCAAGAUACCAAUAUGCGUUAUGCUGCUUAUAUGGUCCGCCUCGCUAUUCAUUUUUCCGAAUGUCUUCCUCUGGCCGGCGGCGUCUCAGUACGUAUACGGCAUCGUAGUCUGUCUGAUGUUUUUCUGCAUGAGCGGCGUAUUCGGUAUUAUGCCAGCGGCCACGCGGAUCCUCUUCGGCAACCAGAACAUGGCCACCACCUAUGGCAUGGUGUUCUCUGCCUUUUCCGUGGGAAGCCUCAUAAGUGCUGCGGCCGCUCAGGUUGCAAAAGGCGCCUGGAAGGAGCUCUAUUACGCUUCUGGCAGCGUCUGUAUUGUGGCUUUCUUCGUGGUUCUGUUCAUUUUCGACCCCACAAUGCCCUUCCGUUGCCGGCCUUGGUUCGCCUGCGCCAGAACUGACCAUCGUCGUUAG